AUGGCGUGCGAGCGCGUGCUGCGCGCGUUGGCGCUCGCGUGGUGCCUCGCCGCCCUUGUCACCCCCCUCGCCAUCGUCCACGCCGUGCCAAUGCAGACGUCGCAAGCGCAAUUUCUGCAGGACUGCCAGACAGCAUGGAAUCAGACUUACGAUGGUUGGAAUGGCUCGAAUCCCGAAUGCCAGACCGCUACAAGCAUCGGAUGCGAUGAGGAUGGGAUGAUCGUGUACAUAACUUUGGUUUACAAUCAAGUGGAAGGGUCCAUUCCGGCUUCCAUCAGCAACCUGGAGGAGCUCGUUCACCUUGAUUUCUCGUUUGCCGCCUCACUUCCAACAAGUUCACAGGCACAAUCUCCACUGCAAUCGGCAUGCUUACUAACCUGA